CCCUCUAUGUUUUGGUCCUGAAUUCUCUCUGCUUGUGUGUGUGAUUUACUACGCGCAGCACUGAACGCAGUAGCCUAGAUAUUUUUCCAUCGCAAAAUCUAGCCAUUUCUUAGGCAAUUGUCAACCUGCUUAAAAGCCUACUCCCUUUUCAUAAUUAUUGGGAUUAAAAUUAUUGCAGCAAUCAGACUAGUUCUGACUGCCUACGUACAGUGAUUCUCGGGCAUUCCCCGUCAUGACCUAGCCCGCCCCUCUGGUUGAAUGGAUGGGAAACCUCAUUAGUUCGACCAUAGAUUUUCUGCUGUGAACGUCGUCUGCAAUCUGUUAUAAUUUUUGGGUUUACUUCGAUGACGGAUCUGUGUUUUCUGUCGUUACAUUCGAUGAACUAUUGUCCAUCUGGUAAAUAAACGAGAAACGCAAUACACUGGUACGCGUUAGGGCUUAGGCCAUGGGGGGAACCAAGAGCAAGCCCAAAGACGCAGGCCUUCGGACACGGAGUCUUGAUGGUAACAUCAGUUUAGGAGGAGGGGGUGGCAGCUACAACAUCAGCCCCGCCCAGCACACCCUCACGCCCAAUCUGAGUCCAGCAGUGGGCGGAACACGCCGGUCCACUCAGCCGUUGAUCAAUACCCCGGAGCUGGCACUGUUUGGGGGAGUGGAGUCCGCCAAUAGUGUCACGUCUCCUAACAGAGGGACACUUGCAGGAGGUGUGACGACGUUCAUGGCGCUGUAUGACUACGAGUCUCGCACUGCCUCCGAUCUGUCUUUCAGGAAGGGGGAACGGCUACAAAUAGUGAACAACAUGAGAAAGUUGAACAGCAGAGAAGGGGACUGGUGGCUGGCUCGCUCUCUGACCACUGGAGAAAGUGGUUACAUCCCCAGCAAUUAUGUGGCUCCUUCCGACUCCAUCCAGGCAGAAGAGUGGUAUUUUGGGAAGAUCACACGUCGCGACUCGGAGAGGCUCCUCUUGAGUUUGGACAACAGGAGAGGGACGUUCCUGGUGAGAGAGAGUGAGACCACCAAAGGUGCCUACUGUCUGUCAGUCCUGGACUAUGACAACACUAAAGGACUGAAUGUGAAACACUACAAGAUUAGAAAGCUGGACAGUGGAGGCUUCUACAUCACCUCACGCACUCAGUUUAACAACAUACAUCAGCUGGUCACACACUACCACAAGCAUGCAGACGGACUGUGCCACUGUCUGACGGAGGUAUGUCCCGUACUAAAGCCUCAGACCCAGGGGCUGGCCCGCGAUGCCUGGGAGAUCCCCAGGGACUCUCUAUGCCUCGACCUCAAACUGGGACAGGGAUGCUUCGGAGAGGUCUGGAUGGGCACGUGGAACGGGACAACGCGGGUAGCGGUCAAGACCCUGAAGACCGGUACCAUGUCCCCCGAGGCAUUCCUUAUGGAGGCCCAGGUCAUGAAGAAGCUGAGACAUGAAAAACUGGUCCAGCUGUACGCCGUGGUGUCUGAAGAACCUAUCUAUAUUGUCACGGAGUACAUGGGACAAGGAAGCUUGUUGGACUUCCUGAAGGGAGACAUGGGCAAGAUGCUCCGCCUUCCUCAGCUGGUUGACAUGGCCUCACAGAUUGCCUCAGGAAUGGCGUAUGUAGAGAGGAUGAACUACGUCCACAGAGACCUCAGGGCUGCCAACAUUCUAGUGGGAGACAACUUGGUUUGUAAAGUGGCUGACUUUGGACUGGCCCGUCUCAUAGAGGACAAUGAGUACACUGCCAGGCAGGGAGCAAAGUUCCCCAUCAAGUGGACGGCUCCUGAAGCUGCGCUGUAUGGCCGCUUCACCAUCAAAUCAGACGUCUGGUCGUUCGGGGUCUUACUGACAGAACUGGCCACCAAGGGGAGAGUACCAUAUCCAGGCAUGGUGAAUCGGGAGGUGCUGGACCAGGUGGAACGUGGUUACAGGAUGCCUUGUCCUGCUGAGUGCCCUGACUCCCUCCAUGACCUCAUGCUCACCUGCUGGAGGAAGGACGCUGAGGAGAGGCCCACAUUCGAGUACCUGCAGGGCUUCCUGGAAGACUACUUUACCUCCACUGAGCCACAGUACCAGCCCGGGGAGAACCUUUAGUCGAGAACCUGAGGUACUAUAGGGCUCAUGUUGGAAGGGGAGAGGGGAACGGUGCUUUGGAUACAGCCAGACUGACCUCUGUUGCACCUGGAACUGAACUCCCAAUGACCACACACCUACUCCUGACCUAUAUUAUAAUUAUUCAAUGUGACGAUAUCGUUAUUUUGUUACUUGAUGUUGAUAUCCUUCUGAUUUUGAAAAGGACAGCACUAAUCUACUGGUUUAUUUUGAGUUCAUCUACAUUCAUACCUGUCAGUUACUGUGUGCUCCUAUUGACCCCCCCCCCCUUCAUUUAUCAUUGGACAUGAGUAGCAAUCAACUGUAAGGACCAAUUCAGUCCAUCUCUUUAGAGGUACACCUUUGGAGAUCUAAAGAAAUAACAGAUUUCUCAUAUCCCUAUUGGUUCCUCUCUACAAUGAGAUUCCAUGUUUAAGGAUGGGUUCUUGUUCUGGUAUGUCUUCCAAUCUAUUCCCACAGACUGCUUGAGAAGCAACUCUGAGGGGUACUGUUGUCAGGAUAUCGCUUUAUGUUUUUGAUCAAAUUUGUUCUAAAACCUGGAAUAUUUGUUAUUAUAAUCAGGCCACAGUUAUUUCAGAUGAACAUUUCCCCUCUACAUUGUGGCCAUUCUUGGCAGCUUGAGGUGAUGUUUGUAGUUGACCGAGGUGGGCGGAACUUUCACUACGCAGACACUUCCAUGAAACAAAUUAGAAUUGCUAUGCAUGGAAUACCCCUCCCCAGGCACUCUUAAAGAAGAUGAGAGGAGAAUAUUGUUUGUUAUUUUUCAUUUUAUAUUCACAGCGUUUCUAGAAGACGACUUAAAAAAGGCUACUGACGAUCACUCAGUCUCCUCUCAGGAAGGGGUCCAUGAAUCCUGCUGCAAUGUUUUUGUGCCAAUGCUGUAAAUUUACUAUUUUCUACUCUCUUCAUUGUUUUAAAGUUUUUGUUUUUUCUUACUACAAAGCUCAAUAAGCGUUGCCCUGUAAUUAUACACACUAUUUGUAAAUCAUUCCCAAAUGUGUGUUUGAAUAAUACCAUCCAUCUGAAUAAUUACCAUCCAUAUUCCAUCAAAUAUCUAAGGCAUGUAUUUUAAGGCUUUGGUUGUUCAAACAUUCAGAUUAAAACUCCAUCAAUGUUC